AUGGAGAAGGGAAUGAUAUCAGUGGAUCGAUGGGAAGAAGGAAGUCAAGCUUACUUCUUAUCACAUCUUCACGCGGAUCACACCCUCGGUUUAUCCCCCGUUUGGAACCACGGCCCACUCUAUUGUACUCGCAUUACUGCCCGCCUCAUCCCUCCUAAAUUCCCGGGUUUCGACCUCUCCUUGCUCCGCAUUGUCGACGUCGGUCGAUGGUACCCGUUGUCUCUCGUUUCGGUGUCGUCUGGAUCGGAAACUAAUGCUCAAUUUAUGGCCAUUGAUGCCAACCACUGCCCCGGUGCAGUUAUGUAUCUAUUCCGUGGUGAGUUUGGGACAAUGCUUUACACAGGGGAUUUUCGCUGGGAAUUAACAUGUAAGAUUGCGCAGAUGGGAAAGAAGAUGCUACUUAGUGCUCUCAAGAAUGACAAAGUUGAUACCCUUUACAUAGACAACACGUAUUGCAACCCGUCCUACUCUUUUCCUACACGGGAAGUCGCAGCUCAGCAGGUAGUCAAUAUCAUUAACUCUUAUCCUGAACAUGACAUCAUCAUUGGUGUAGACACAUUGGGGAAAGAGGAUUUAUUGCUCUACAUCUCAAAAAUGCUAAAUCUAAAGAUAUGGGUAUGGCCAGAGCGGUUGCAGACUAUGCAUCUCCUAGGUCUACAUGAUAAUUUUACUACCAAAACCACCUUGACAAGAGUGCGAGCUGUUCCUCGUUAUAGUUUUUCUGUUGAAACUUUAGAAGGAUUGAAUACUAUGCGCCCCACUAUUGGAAUUAUGCCAUCUGGUUUUUCGUGGGGACUAAAGAAAGUUGGAAGCAAGGAUGAAUAUUCUGGUCAUUUUUUAAAGGAGACAGAGAUGGACAUCGAUUUUCAUAGAAAUAUACGAAAUAGAUAUACAAAUAAUAUCGAAAAACACCAUCAGUACAUCUACACAGUUCCAUAUUCUGAUCACUCCUGCUUCCCAGAGAUAGUGGAGUUUGUUAAGUUUCUUUGCCCAAACAACGUUAAAGGUAUCGUGUCUUCAUCGUUGUCUUACAUUGAUCCUUGUUACCAUCUUCGCAAUAUUUAUGGAACAUCGAGUUUGUAUCAAAAACAUCUGAUUGAGGAAGAAAGGGAAAGAGUUGAAGGCAUAUGUAAGUCUACUUCUGAUAAUUUUACUGAGGAGAAACGAAAGAAAAAGAAGGAUAAAAAAGUAUCAUUUGUGUUAAAUGUCUGAA